AAAGUUGUCAAAAACAAUAAUAAAUCAAAGUAAUAUUUUAACAACAAAAAUAAUUCUUAACUUUAACAUAAUCAAAAAGCGAAAAAAUAUUAUUAAAGAUACAAUUUAAGAAAAAUGAAUAGAUUAUUUGGUGCUUCUAAGCCAGCUCAAUAGCCUGUUUAAUAACAACCUCCUUAACCUCCUCAAGAGGAGCCUAAGAAAUAGGAGUAACCACAAAUUGAUUUGACUGAACAAUCUAAGAGAAUGGAAAAUAGAGUCAAGGAAGUUGAUGAAACUAUCAAAAACCUUGAAAAAGAAAUUGCUGACUUGUAUAAUAAAGCAAAAAAUUCUAAGGGAUCUACAUAAAAAAUGUAUAAGUAGAGAUGCCUCAACCUUAUGAAAAAGAAGAAAUUGUACGAUCAAUAAAUGGCCAACUAUCUUAACUAGCAAUUCACCUUAGAUUAAAUAGCUUUCACUAAAGAAAACAUUCAAAACACUCUUGAAAUGGGUACUGCUAUGAAAUAAGCUGUUUCUGCCUAAAAGCAAAUGUUCGAAUAAGUUAAUUUAGAUGAGUUAGAAGACUUAAGAGAUGAUAUGGAUGACAUGCAAUAUGAAAGCGACUAUAUGAAUGAAAUGCUUAACAGAAACUAUGCCAUCGAAGUUGAUGAAGCUGAACUUGAUGAAGAAUUCGCAUAAAUAGAUAAUGAAAUUUUCAAAGAAUAAAUGUUAGCUUAAUAACAAAAACCUUAAUAAUAUGUUCCCUAAUAAAUGUAAUCUAUGAAUCAAGGAUAACUCUAAUAAAACCAUAUCUGA